UCAGGAAGUGAUACUAAAUGGAAUUUCUGCCUUUCCCCACGUGAGCCUCCAUCGAAGCACCACGCGCAGCAAGACCAAACCGGCUGCUAACGAUAAGUAUAUCACGUCACUGAGAAACAGCGGCGAGCGAGCUCUGGACCACAAAAUAACUGCCGUACGGACGCGGCGGAGCGGAUCAUUCUAGUCUCAGGUCCAGACAGCGCGAGGAAGAUGGCGGACGACCCCAGCGCAGCGGACAGGAACGUGGAAAUUUGGAAGAUUAAGAAGUUGAUCAAAAGCCUUGAGGCGGCUAGAGGAAAUGGCACCAGUAUGAUAUCCCUCAUCAUCCCACCCAAGGAUCAGAUCUCGCGUGUUGCGAAGAUGUUGGCCGAUGAGUUUGGCACUGCUUCGAACAUCAAGAGCAGAGUCAACAGACUGUCUGUGCUGGGAGCCAUUACCUCUGUGCAGCAGAGACUCAAACUCUACAACAAAGUGCCUCCUAAUGGCCUGGUUGUGUAUUGUGGCACCAUUGUGACAGAGGAAGGCAAAGAGAAGAAAGUAAACAUUGAUUUUGAGCCUUUUAAACCAAUCAACACAUCCUUGUAUUUAUGUGACAACAAGUUCCAUACUGAGGCUCUAACAGCUCUGCUGUCAGACGACAGCAAGUUUGGCUUCAUUGUGAUUGAUGGUAGUGGUGCCCUGUUUGGGACUUUACAAGGCAACACAAGGGAGGUGCUGCACAAAUUUACUGUGGACCUUCCCAAAAAACACGGUAGAGGAGGACAGUCCGCUCUUCGAUUUGCACGUUUGAGAAUGGAGAAGAGACAUAACUAUGUGCGUAAAGUAGCGGAGACGGCUGUGCAACUUUUCGUGUCCAAUGACAAGGUCAACGUGGCAGGACUGGUUCUCGCCGGAUCGGCCGACUUUAAGACGGAGCUCAGCCAGUCAGACAUGUUUGAUCCAAGGUUACAAGCAAAGGUUCUGAAGCUGGUUGACAUAUCAUAUGGAGGAGAGAACGGUUUCAACCAGGCCAUUGAGCUCUCGGCGGAAGUUCUGUCCAAUGUCAAGUUCAUCCAAGAAAAGAAACUAAUAGGCCGAUAUUUUGAUGAGAUCAGUCAGGACACAGGGAAGUAUUGUUUUGGAGUGGAAGACACACUCAAAGCACUGGAGAUGGGAGCAGUGGAGAUUCUUAUAGUUUACGAGAACCUGGACACUAUGCGUUAUGUCCUACGUUGUCAUGGAGAAAAUACUACACCUGAAAACGAUGAAAAGAUACUCUAUCUGACACCAGAACAGGAGAAGGACAAGUCUCAUUUCACUGACAAAGAGACAGGUCAGGAGCAUGAGCUGAUCGAGAGCAUGCCACUGCUUGAGUGGUUCGCCAAUAACUACAAGAAGUUUGGGGCCACGCUGGAAAUCGUUACAGACAAAAGUCAGGAGGGCUCGCAGUUUGUGAAAGGCUUCGGAGGCAUCGGUGGAAUCUUGAGGUACCGGGUGGAUUUCCAAGGCAUGGAGUACCAGGGAGAUGAUGAUGAGUUCUUUGAUUUAGAUGACUACUAGGUAGUCGGGACUGACACACAAUUCAAAUAUAAGAUUUCCCCCCCUUCACCUACCCCGCAAACGGCAGGGGAGCGAAGGAGAUCGAAUCAGCAGGAGGGAGAAUAAGAAUUUGAGAAGAUGGCGGAUGGUCUGCGUGUCCCUGGCUUUAGAAUACAGCGACUCCAUCUCUGGACUGGAAGAGGCAGAGUUUUCUCCUCUCCACUAAUUAGCAGGUCAUCGCAACAGCAUGGCCAUGGCCCGUCUGCCUGUCCUGCCUCAGCUCUUCACAAAACACUCUAGGCUUUCAGAUCUACUUUUUCUUCCCUUCUAAUCUCACUCCUUUCUUCCUUUUGCCUCUCCUUUUAUAAUGGCAUCUGCUGCUGUUGUAUUUUAUUCAAAAUGUAUUAUAUUUUCUCUUAUUCAGUGUAUGAAGAAAGCAGUAGCAAACUAUUAGAGCAGUACUGCUUACCUAGCCACCUCAAGCCCAUUGCCAGGCCUGCGUUUUAAUUUCCUGGUUAGCCCAGACUUGAUUUGUUGCCUUGUUUCUGCUGUAAACCAGUGUGGUGGUGAUGCACUCUGAGCCAGCGGUACACCCUGCUCCUCCCAUCACAUUGUGCCCACGUUGAGGCGUGUCUUGCUCUCAAAUGGACCAUAUUAGUAACUGGACCCAUCCCUCCAUGAAGACAAAGAACCGUCUUUUACAGUACAUUUCCCUCACUUGUUUUCCUCAGCCCCCAGGAGAUGCUACUUCUCGAAAUAAACUAUAUAUGAGUGCCUGAAUUUUGCAGUUUGUGAGAUGUGAGCACAGUGUACCAGCAUCUGGACCCUAACUUUCAGCCUCCUGCUGUUUCCGAACAUAAAAUCUUAGCUCAAGCCUUCAGCACUCAUUGGUAUACUGCGGCUUUACCGGCAGAACACAUGCAUGGGAAUGUCCUUAGGGACCGAUUAUGGGGUGGGGGGUUACUGUGUUAACUGUGAUGUGUGAGUGAAUAUAUGUCAGUUUGGCUGUUUAAUUCCCUUUUAGAAGUCACAUCCCUGAGCCUGUGACCUGCCACAGACUACAAGCCUCUAAUUUCUUUCCAUUUUGUCCAGUCAUAUUUUAAUAGCAGAUUGGUUUUUAGAAAGACAAGCUGCAAAUCAAUGAUAUUUUGGACCUUUAACAAUUACGGCAUGGUUGGUGUUCUGGCGCCUACUAAAACGAACAGAUAACCUGAUAAUGUAAAAGGAGGAAAAAAAGAAGAAAAGGAAAAGAAAAAAAAAAUCCAAAAAACGGGCCCACAUUAUUUUAGCAGAUAUUAUGUUGUAUAUUUUCUCAUUUUCUUUGAUCCAUCACUAUUUUGUAUAAAUCAUUUGUUACAUCUGGACAGACAUUAAACGUUCUCAUUGUUUGCAAA